AUGAGAUCAGCAGAGAUUCUCUUUACGAUCGCUUCUGUAGCCUCUUGGCUUGCAGCUCCAGUGUUUGGAUGGGACAUUGCUGCUGCCCAGAAUGAAUUGAACACUCAAAAAGCAAAAUGGGAGAGUAUGGCCAUCGACAAUUAUCGCUACCAGCACAAUGCAGCCCAUGAUACUUCAGGCGCUGUCUAUCCAUUCACAACCCAUGUCUGGCAAGGAAGUGUGGUUUCCUAUGUGGAUGGCCAAGGCAGACAAAUCAAUUGGCUCAGUCCCAACACUUUUGGCAAUUGGUUUGGUCUCAUUCAGACCUACAUUGAUCAGCCGGCUAGGGAUCUUCGCGUCACCUACGACGCCACGAGAGGCUUUCCAGCAACCAUCUAUAUUGUCGCAAACACUGGUCAAGUACAAAACUUUGAAAUCUUUUCCUUUCAUUAUUACCAGGUCAACUACAAUCCUCAAGGCGUCCAAGCUACCCUUGACAGAGAAUUAGCAAAAUGGACUAGCAUGAACAUUCAGAAUUAUGACUAUCAGCACAUCGCCUAUCACGACACCACCAAUGUGGUGUAUCCAUUCAAAACCGAAGUACGAAAUGGAGCAGGAACUUCCCUGAAGGAUGGCAACGGCCAGCCUAUUACAUGGACCAGCCCUUCCACCAUGGGUAACUGGUUUGGUCUGAUCCAAAACUAUCUGAAUUCCGGUGCUCAGUACAUUGAGGCCACUUACGAUGCAACAAGAGGAUUUCCAACCCUUAUCUAUGUGAUUCAGAACAAUGCACUGGCGUACCAUGUCGAAAUCAAUAGUUUUAUCUACUUUUGA